CACGAUGAAAUCCCGAUCAACCCUUCCCCAUGUCUCUGUAGCAUGGGCGAACUUUUUGAGCGCGCGGGAUCGAGCACGGUGGUCACAGUUGAGGCUCAUUCGGGGAUCGAUGCUUUCGGCACACCAUCACUCCUCAGUCAUCGAUCCCUGCCAUACCCUCCGCCUACUGAAAAGAAAGUCAUGCAUCGGGGCUGAUGUCGUUAUUAAACACAACGAGGUGCAUUAAGGCCAG